CUUCCACUCACAACCUACAUUUCGGGCCAAAUUUAAAAAUGAACACCUUGCGGAGAAUUCGAUUGGUUUACCUAAGAUCAAUGGGCGGAGCUUUUCGGUUGUACUCUGGCAAGGAUCAGAAGAAGGAUUCUGCCGGGCAGAAGGCGAAACCACCGGAAAAGCCUGCUGAAACGGCGAAGGGCAAAGGGGAGGCUGCAGGUGCGGGUGCGGGUGCGGAUGACAGUGCCAAUAAGGCCAACAAGGUCACCAUGAUUAUUGGCGAGGGCGUUGGCCCCGAGAUGAUGAGCGCUGUCCAGGAAGUUAUUUGUGCCGUGAAGGCCCCUAUAGAGUGGGAUAUCCUUGAGCAGUACAUGGCCCCGGAUAGCAAAGAUGUUUCCGCAGAGGUCAUCGCCUCUCUGCGAGCCACUAAAGUGGGCAUCAAGGGACCCGUUGACAGUCGCCACUGGCAGCGCCAGAUCCGCAAACAGUUCGCCCAGUUCGCCUACGUGUCCUUGUGCUCGCACAUCGAGGGUCUGGACUCGGUCUUCGGGGACUUUGACAUCGUCAUCAUCCGGGAUCAGAUGGAGGGCGACUACUCCGGCAUCGAGCAUCUCGUGGUUCCCGGCGUCUCGCAGACCAUCAAAGUUAGCACCACGGCCGGAGCGGCCAGGGUUUCAGAGUUUGUCUUCAACUACGCUAAGCAGCACAAUCGGAAGAAGAUAACGGUGGCUCACAAGGCCAACAUCAUGCGGCUGACGGAUGGUAACUUCCUGGAGGCCAUGCGAGCCGAGGCCGAGAAGCACGUGGACAAUAUCGGCUUCGAAGAGCGCUACCUGGACACCUGCGUUGUGAACUUGCUUAUGAGACCGGAUAAGUGCGAUGUGAUGGUAUCGUCCAGCAUGUACGGCGACGUGCUGCGUGUGAUAGCGGGCGGCAUGAUGGGAGUGCCCGGCAUAUGUCCCGGCUACUCUGUCAGCUCUCUGGGUACCGUUUUCGAAAGUCGGACGAAGGCGUGCCACGCCUUGGCUGGCAAGGAUCAGGCCAAUCCCACAGGAUCUCUGCUCUGUGCAGCCUUGAUGCUGCGCCACUUGAAAAUGGACAAGCAGGGGGAUGCCGUCGAGUGCGCGGUGCGCAAGGUUUACCGUGACACGGAUAUUCGCACCCCGGACACGGGCGGCAAGGCCAAGUGCUCGGAGUUUGUCAAGGCCGUCUGCGAUUGCAUGGAAAAGGACGAAUGAGCGCAAAAGGUGAUAAAAACUAUUUCAAGGCUUCCAUUUCCUAGUUAACCCUCCAAAUUGACUUUCAUCUAGAAAUCAUAUUCGAUAUUUCAGUGACUUGUUUAGCAAUUAAAACUUAGAACUUAAACUUAAUAUAUCUUCAAAUUAAAACAUUAAGUCU